AGGUGGUGUGUUAGUUUGUGGCAGCGAUGAGGAAGCUGAGAUGCAGCAGAGCAGUUAUGUGCAUGUUUCCUGUCGCCGCAACCGCUUCUUGUCUCUCUUGUUUAGGCAAUUCGAAGAAGAACAAUUUUGGCAUUCACAACGACCAUGAUGAUGAUGAAUUCCAAGACAUUAAGCCCCUCAUCCCUCUCAAGCUCAAGGAUCUCAUUGCUCCAACCCCAACUCCAACUCUUGCCUUCCACUUAAAGCCUAAGAUGGUGGUGAUGAAAGUUUCAAUUCAUUGUAAUGGGUGUGCAAGGAAAGUGGAGAAGCACAUAUCUAAGUUGGAGGGAGUGAGUUCAUACAAAAUAGACUUGGAAACGAAGAUGGUGGUUGUAAGAGGUGAUAUUGUGCCUUCCGAAGUGUUGGAGAGUGUCUCUAAAGUCAAAUAUGCUGAGCUUUGGGAGCCAUGAAUUUUGUCACACUCGCACAUGCAUUUCAAUAAACUUAGAUUAAUUCAGCCAUCUUUAAUUUUUAUUUACCUCGAAAAAUGUGUUCUUGUGGUGUACAAUGUAGAU